GAGAGAGAGUGGAAUAUUGAGAACACGACGUAUAUUCCGCAUUCUACAUGUGUCAAAACGAGAAAUUUAAUUUAUAAUCUACAUUAAUGAGAGGUACGAACGCAAAUAACUCUAAAUAGCUUUCCACGAACGAAAUGAAAAGCGAAGAUACGAAUGAUCGGAAUGAUAGAUUAAUCAAUAUCAAGGAUCUAUCUAACGUACUCUAGAAUGUCAGUGACAGGGAGUAGUGGGGAGUUGAUACAAAAAGCAUUUCUUAAAUUGACUGAAAAUUAUAUCCAACACGGAGCUGUGAUAAACGAUUUAAAAUCCAUUACUAUGACUAUUAAUGCGAAAGAUGCCAAGAAUCGUAACUUUGCAACGCGGUCGAAGAAAUUGCUGGUGUUGCUAUUCGUGCCAGUUCUUUGUGGUAUAUUUAAUAGAUAUUUUAACACAAAUGUAAUUAAGAGUUUUCAAGGAACUCGAUGCUUACUGCCAAAUAAUUAUCUCGUAUGGGAGUUCACGAGACCGUUAACGAAUUGCGAUUACUGUCGCGACAUUGAAGCGCCAUUAAUCUUGCCAAAUUUGACCAAAGAAGAAUUUCGCACUUAUUCCUAUUCAUCCCGACCUAUGAUAAUAAAGAAAGCAGCCUGUACGUGGCCUGCGCGUAAAGAAUUUACUCUGGAAUUCUUUCGGAAUUUGUACGAGCGUAUCGAGGGUGCCUACGAGUCGGUAGAAGAGGAAUGCCAGUUUUUACAUUUUAAAAGUAACUUCGCGAACCUGCGCCAAGUAUUUGCGAUGAGCGAAGAUCGAGCGUUACAUCGAGAGGGCGAAGAUCCCUGGUAUGUCGGUUGGAAAAAUUGCCAUCCACAGAUUCUAGAUGCCAUGAAGCACUUUUACAACGUACCUCACUUCCUGCCGGAUGACGCGGAAAUUCCGUACAGCAAUUAUAUUUUCAUGGGCUUUGAGGAAGGUGCCGUUAUGCACCUGGAUUACAUAUCGAGACUCAUGUGGCAAGCGCAGAUAACUGGUAGCAAAACGUGGAUCGUAGCUCCAACGCCGGAAUGCGAUAGCGAAUGUAAAUCUUUCAAAUUCUCCGUCGAUGUAACGGAUGUUGUACUGUUGGAUACGCGGAUUUGGUAUCACAGUACUCAUAUCGAAAACGGAAAUCUUAGUUUGACAGUCACCGCCGAGUACGGGUAGACUUUUAAAGCUUUUUUACGCAUCUCAAGAGCGUAUGUCUAUAACAAAUAUCUACAAAAAUUGCUUGGAUAGGAUUCUAGGCAGUUUGUUUUUUAUCCUUUUGUGAAUAUUGAUUGGAAAAAUUGGUUACAAUAUACGUUAUUUCAUAUCCAAUAUUACGUUAUAUUCGAUGCUAACAUAUUUUAUUAUACAUUGCUAUCUCACGGAAUAAAAUUAUAUUGUUAAACAGGAAGAUUAUAAAUUGAACGCA